UCAGUUUUCGAUACUCGCUCCGAUCGUUCGGUUCUCGCAGUUCUCUCUCCUCGUGAAACAGACAAUCAUCAACAUGAAGACGAUCGCAGUUUUCGCCGCCUUGAUGGCCUGCGCCCUCGCCGCACCCCAGCUCCAGAGCCGCAGCCAGUUCGGCGGUCAGAUCGCCCGGGAGGUGAACCAGCAGGAGGUGCACGUGGUGCGCGAGACGCCCCACAACAACAUCGGCGUCGACGGCUACCAAUACGCCUACGAACUGAGCGACGGCUCCAGCCGCCAGGAGCAAGCCGAGUUCAUCGCCCCGCGUAGCGCCGACGAGGAGGGAAUCCUCCGCGUGUCGGGCUCCUACAGCUACUUCAACCCCUACGACGGCCAGACCUACACCGUGACCUACGUCGCCGACGAGAAUGGAUUCAGGCCCACCGGCGCCCAUCUGCCCAAAGCUGCCUUUUAAACAAGAAAAAACAUACAUCUCGA